GAACGCCGCCGCCAGGGAGUGGAAGCCGCGUGAGGGAGUGAUUGACCGGGCGAGGUUCCCCAGCGGACACAGAGAGCGCGGCGCGUGGAGGCGCACGGGUGAGGGGAACAUUAGAAGGUAGAGCGGAGUGUGUGUUCCCACUAUGGCGACGGUCCCGUGGUCUGAUCGGGUCCUGGAGCUGGUCCUGAGGCUGAACAAUCUGCAGCGUGCAGGGUGUCUGCCGUUUUACAUCCAGGGUCAGCGGGUGGGAUGGGUGACGCCGGCGGUGGCGCAGGUCCUGGCGCAGAGUUCUGCCGUCUUCACGCUGUGUAAGGAGUCGGGGUCGCGACUGGAGCUGAGCGAUGGUCUGCGCUGCCCCCUGGAGCGGACACGUGCGGUGCAGGAGGUGAUGGAGUCCCUCAGAGGUCGGGACGUCUUCCCCUGUCUCCGGGAGUGGAGGGACGAGCUCUACGAGGUGAAGGGUUUGUUCUCAGAUCCUCCUCUCCUCAGCAUGGAGCGAGCGGCGACACCUCUCCUCGGAGUUCCCCGCUAUGGUGUCCAUGUGAACGGCUUUCUACGCAGAGGCACCGAUGUCUUUAUGUGGAUUGCCAGACGGUCACUGACGAAACCCAACUACCCUGGGAAACUGGACCAUUUGGCAGCUGGAGGGAUCUCUGCGGGGGAUGGUGUUUGGGAGACCCUCCUGAAGGAGUGCACAGAGGAGGCCUGUAUCCCAGAAUCCAUUGCUUCCAAAGCCAGACCUGCUGGGACUGUGAGCUAUGCCUAUCAGCAGGACGGUGCCGUGUACCUGGAGUGCCAGUUUGUUUAUGACCUGGAGGUCCCGGAGUCCUUCCAGCCUCGUGUAGGGGAUGGAGAGGUGCAGGAGUUUUAUCUGUGGCCCCUGGAGAAGGUGACGGAUGCCAUCGCCACCCAGGAGUUCAAACCCAACUGCGCCCUGGUGGUGCUGGACUUCCUCAUGCGGAGAGGACACAUCCGGCCAGACACAGAAAAAUUUUACACCAAGUUUGUGGAGAAUCUGCAUGGACCGCUGUGAUGUCAAACAACAAUCUGCUGCCGCGAUGUUACAUGACCGUACUCCUGAAUGGAUGCCGCGAUGUCACGUGACUGCGCCCCCGAUCUGAUGCUGCGAUGUUACAUGACUGUACUCCUGAAUGGAUGCCGCGAUGUCACGUGACUGCGCCCCCGAUCUGAUGCUGCGAUGUUACAUGACCGUACUCCUGAAUGGAUGCCGCGAUGUCACGUGACUGCGCCCCCGAUCUGAUGCUGCGAUGUUACAUGACCGUAGUCCUGAAUGGAUGCUGCGAUGUCACGUGACUGCGCCCCCGAUCUGAUGCUGCGAUGUUACAUGACCGUACUCCUGAAUGGAUGCCGCGAUGUCACGUGACUGCGCCCCCGAUCUGAUGCUGCGAUGUUACAUGACCGUACUCCUGAAUGGAUGUCACGUGACUGCGCCCCCGAUCUGAUGCUGCGAUGUUACAUGACCGUACUCCUGAAUGGAUGCCGCGAUGUCACGUGACUGCGCCCCCGAUCUGAUGCUGUGAUGUCACGUGACUGCGCCCCCGAUCUGAUGCUGCGAUGUUACAUGACCGUAGUCCUGAAUGGAUGCUGCGAUGUCACGUGACUGCGCCCCCGAUCUGAUGCUGCGAUGUUACAUGACCGUACUCCUGAAUGGAUGCCGCGAUGUCACGUGACUGCGCCCCCGAUCUGAUGCUGCGAUGUUACAUGACCGUACUCCUGAAUGGAUGUCACGUGACUGCGCCCCCGAUCUGAUGCUGCGAUGUUACAUGAACGUACUCCUGAAUGGAUGCUGCGAUGUCACGUGACUGCACCCCCGAUCUGAUGCUGUGAUGUCACGUGACUGCGCCCCCGAUCUGAUGCUGCGAUGUUACAUGACCGUACUCCUGAAUAGAUGCUGUGAUGUCACGUGACUGCGCCCCCGAUCUGAUGCUGCGAUGUUACAUGACCGUACUCCUGAAUAGAUGCCGUGAUGUCACGUGACUGCGCCCCCGAUCUGAUGCUGUGAUGUCACGUGACUGCGCCCCCGAUCUGAUGCUGCGAUGUUACAUGACCGUACUCCUGAAUAGAUGCCGCGAUGUCACGCGACUGCCCUGCCCUGCCCCCCCCCAUCUGAUGCUGUCCUGUCACGCGACUGCCCCCCCAUCUGAUGCUGUCCUGUCACGUGACUGCCCCCCAUCUGAUACUGUCAUGUCACGUGACUGCCCCCCCUGAUCUGACUGACAAUUCUGCCCCCUGCUGCCCAGUCUUAUUUCUGGCCUUAUCAGUAAUUCCCAUCCAGGGUGACUCCAGCUUUUGCAAAACUACAACUCCCAGCAUGCCCGGACAGCCUUCGGCUGUCCGGGCAUGCUGGGAGUUGUAGUUUUGAAACAGCAGGAGACCUGCUGUUUGAAAAACUGACACACCAGAGCUAAAUUUCUUUCAAAAACAGCACCACCCCCUAUUCUCAGGUUGUGUGUGGUACUACAGCUCAGUUCCAUUGAAGCGAAUGGAGACAGUUUGCAAUGCAGCUCACAACCCGAAGACAAGGGUGGCGCUGUUUUUUUGGGAAGAAAUUAGGGAGCCUAACGUGAACAGAGUGUUAGAGGCGCACGCUGAGCAGGGAAUGCUGGGAGAUUUCAUCCCUGCAGCCUCAUCCAUCUGAAUAAAUGUGACGGUCAGAAUUUUAUGAAAA